GGACGUGUAGUGGAUAGGAGUAGAUUUGGAAUUCGGAGGCAUUGCGUCACAAGUCAAAGAGCCCUCUGUGUUUCCACUCACUCGACGUUUCCCAUCAGAAGGAGUUUUGCUUCAGUUGAAGCAUAAAUGGGCUGUUUCUUGUACGUCCCAGCGUGUAUAUUUAAUCUACUUAUCCUGAAUGCUGUUCAUUAAAAAGUUACCUUAAAUUACGAAAUAGCUAAAUACAAGAUUAUCGACAUUUCGCUUGCUGGCUAGCUCCGCCAGCUGAGUCUAACGUCAAGAUGGACCAGGCAGCAAGCCGAUACCAAGUGGUGAGCCAAAACAAUCGACAUUGCCAUCUGUUUGCGAACUCCAACUAAUAUAAACAAACAACCUAUUUAUAACAUUACUUGGUGUCAAACUAGACUAGAAAUGUUUAAAUUGACGGCUUGUAAUCAAACUGAUGUUCCUCGUGCCUGUCACUUCCGCAUUAUUCAGAAGCAGAUCAACAAUACAAUAGUUAGCUAAUCUAGGUAAACGUUAGCUAGCAAGUUCCAAUUAAAUUUGAGUUAAGUGUUAAUCAUCCAAAUGACAGCACUUUAACACUUAACUCAGCAUGUAUUGGUUUUUUGAACGGAUAACUAAUUUGGCUAGCUAGCUAUCUAGCGAACGUUAGUUAGUUGUAUGUCAGCCAGAGUCAGGUAAGCUAACCCAGGCUAGACUUCAAUUAUAUGCAACCAUUUGUGGCUAACUAUACGUGCUCAAGUAUAGUUAGACCCCCCAAAAAGCCACACAGUAGGCCUGUAACACGUGUAUAAUAAAUAAUCCCAUCAUACAGAGUUUGUGGCCCAACUGAGUCACAGGGGCCCACAAACAAAAUGUUCCAUGACAUCUCUGUAGUGUUAAAGGAAUUGGCUUUCCAUGAGAACAAUAUACUUGUUUCCCCAAAGAAGAUGCCAUUCCUAGCUACAUAAAUGGUCACAAAAACAAGAUGGUUAGCUAUCCCAGCCUCAAGGGUUAGGUUAUUGUUCAACACUGCAAUCCAGUUUGCUAGGUAGUUAUUAGCUCUAGACAGAUAGCUCUUCUGUACAGUAUUCAGUGUUUCUGUUCGGAUUUAUUUCAGCGUGGGGGGCGUGGCCAAAGGUGGGGUUUGGGACUGAACAUUUUAGAGGCCCUUCUCUUGGCCGCAGAGACAAAAUGUUGCUGUUUUUAACUAAUUUCUUGCAAUUCUACACAAUUUGCCAUGGGGCUGAUAGAAAAUAUGCAGUUUUAAAGUUAAUUUUCUGCAAUUCUACACAUUUUGCCAUGGCUUAUUCCGUGUUCUUGUGCUAUCUGAGGGACUCAAACAUUAUAACAUGCCAUUACAUUUUAUUUUUAUUCCCCCUGUCUAGGUUUUAUUUUGGUGGUUGUUAGUUCUCAAAGAUGAUCUUAUUUAAAAAUAUAUAGCUCCAUUAUGUUUUCUACAUACAUUUAUUUCUGGUUUUAGUCAUUUAAGUUUACACUGAAAACGUUUUAACAUCCCCAAAAUUAUUUUCACUAAAAAAUACAAAUUACUAAAAAUAAAUAUAAAAAAUACAACUUACAACAAAUAAAUAUAAACAUAUUGAACACAAAUAUAAACGCACCAUGUAAAGUGUUGGUUUCAUGAGCUGAAAUAAAAGAUCCCAGACAUUUUCCAUAUGCACACAUUUGUUUACAUCCCUGUUAGUGAGCAUUUCUCCUUUGCCAAGAUAAUCCAUGCACUUGACAGGUGUGACAUAUCAAGAAGCUGAUUAAACAGCAUGAUUAUUACAUGCUGCACCUUGUGCUGGGGACAAUAAAAGGCCACUCUAAAAUCUGCAGUUUUGUCACACAACACAAUGCCACAGAUGGCUCAAGUUUUGAGGGAGUGUGCAAUUGGCAUGCUGACUGCAGGAAUAUCCACAAGAGCUGUUGCCAGAGAAUUGAAUGUUCAUAUCUUUACCAAAAGCCGCCUCCGUCGUUUUAGAAAAUUUGGCAGUACGUCCAACCGGCCUCCCAACCGCAGACCACGUGUAUGAAUCCAUAGAUUAAGGCCUAAUGAAUUUAUUUCAAAUGACUGAUUUCUUCAUGUGAACUGUAACUCAGUAAAAUCAAUGAAAUUGUUGUAUGUUGUGUUUGAUCUUUUUCUUCAGUAUAUAUUAUAAAAAAUAAACAAAUUGGAGUGGAGGUCGUCAUUUAGCAGUGGCGGCCCAUUGCUUCUAAAUGAAUAUAGAGGAAACACUGCGGUUCUAGAGUAGGAUGGGUAAUGGAUAGGGGAACAUUGUUCAACCUACCUUUACUCGGCGAUACUUCCUUAAUUCUCGAUUUGGUAGGCACCGGUGUCUUACAAACACCUUUUUCCGGUUGCAGGGGGAACUCUGAUAACGAGGAAAUAUUCAGAAAGAUAUUGAAUCCACUUUUUGUGCCAAGGGAAAAAUGCCUCUUACAUGUGUGUAAAUAUUAGUUUUUGUUGUUUGGGUUGCGCUUGUGACGCUCUGUUUCUUCUACACUAGGCCUUGAGCACAAGCUUUAGCUAUGCUGCUGGAGGUUCGCGACUGCUUGGCUGUCUAGUUGUCAAUGUGAAUGCUGUGUGUGUAUCCAAGGCUAGGGUCACUUCUGGUUUAGUCCUGUAUCGGCCCGUGGCUCUCGAAAGCAGAAAACUUUAACAGUCAUAGUCGGUGUCAUGCCAUGUGUAUUUAGGUUAUCAAUAAUUACUUCCAUAGACUGAUUGGUUUGAUAUGGGACAAGUGAGUUAGGCAGUUGUGGUAAGCCUUUGAAUAAUUACAUUUUAGUCAUUUAGCAGACGCUCUUAUCCAGAGCGACUUACAUUUAGUGAGUGCAUACAUUUUCAUACUGGUCCCCCAUGGGAAACGAACCCACAACCCUGGCGUUGCAAGCGCCAUGCUCUACCAACUGAGCUACAGGAGACCCUAGCCUACUGGCCUUAAAAGUCCAAAUGCUCACUGCUGGACUAUGCAGGAAUGCUUGCUAACAUCAGACAUACCAUGGUAUGCCUCUCCUUUUUAGCAUCUUGAUGUGCAGAGCUUUUUCAGCCACAGCCAUGCUAUUUUGAUCCUGCCUCUGCACUUCCAUCAGUCGCUAGGCAACUGUGGUUUUGCCUCAAUGUGUCAUCUCUUUGUUAGGUUUUCAGUUUUGAGGUUAACCUGUAUUUAGAUGCAUCAUACAGGCUGUUUUAUAAUGUAAACUCCCCAACCAUCCUUGUUAUUUGUGUACGCUCAUUCUGAACAGGUCUUUAAACAUUACAUUUUACAUUUUAGUCAUUUAGCAGACGCUCUUAUCCAGAGCGACUUACAGUUAGUGAGUGCAUACAUUUUUCAUACUGGCCCCCCGUGGGAAACGAACCCACAACCCUGGCGUUGCAAGCGCCAUGCUCUACCAACUGAGCUACAGGGGACAUGUAGGCCUAACCUAACUAUUUGUACUUGUAGCCAACAUAUAUAUACUAGGCGUAUCAGAGGAAAAUAGGCCUGUUGUGAGUAUUAUUCUGAGAUGACCUAAGGAGUUCUUGUUUAGGCCUUGGUGUGCUGAUGGUGAAAUAACUAAUUCACCCCUGGCCAAUUAUGCAGUUGUUUAGAGCUUACAUAACUGGUGUCCCUGACACCGGAUAGCAUCACACUCAUUCAUUCUCCUGGCUUUGCACAUUGACCCCGCAGUUCAUAGAGUGCUGCUGGACAUGAUGCCAAACUUCAUCUACAGCGAAGCCACAAGUUAAAUCCUGGUCUGUUGACCUAUGCAAAAGCCACUGCCUCAAGUGAGCUGCAAGACUAAAGCAACAUUUGGCACUGCUGCCACACUGAUCAAGGCCUAGGUAAUGCAUCAGCUUAGGCUACAUCAUCUGUCAUUGGCCAGAUAUAAGGCUGUGCUGUGUCCUCUAUAACAUUACCGUCACCCUUCUGUUUCCCAUGACCAUGUUGUCUUCUUCCAACUGGAUGCUAUGCUGGCAAUUAGCCUAGAUCACAUGUUGUUUUGGAUGUCUUCAGUACCCUUAGCGCUGGAAUCAAAUGUUGCCUAUGUAGUUUAUUACGAAACACCAGAUGAUCUUUCAGAGUUGGACCAUUCUAAGGGAUGAUCCGUGCCAUGACCAUAUCUCUCCAAUCGUCUCAGUUUACAGGGUUUCCCUCUCCUUCCUCACCUUUGACAUUCUGUGUUGUGAACUUGUGACGUGGGUUUUAUUGAAGUGACAUUUAACUCCUUCUUUACCCCCCCCCCCCCCCCCCCCCUUUCUCUCUCAGUUUGAGAAUGAUGAAGACGACUCCUGUGAGCCCUCCACCAGCGCCCAGCAGCCGUGCACCUCGGCCCAGGCCUGCCCAAUCCCAGUAGCCCUGGAGGGGGACGCAGAGGCCCCACCGCCUCCCUAUGCCAGCAUCGCCCUGGGCGCCACCGCUGCCAUCCCUGGUACAGAACCAAAGACUCCAUAUAGUGUCUGUUUGGAUCUGUUAUCCUCAUUCUACUCUUCCGUUUAGCAAUAAUGUCUUUGCUUCAGCCUUUUUCUGUGUCUCACUCUCUGCCUGUCUGCCCCUUUCUCCAUCUCAUUCUCUCUCAGCGUCUAUAGCUCUUUCAAACACGCUGGAACCAGUCAGUUGCCCUAAGUAUAGGCCGAUAGUUCACACGCCUCCUGGAAUUCAGCCGAUGUGAUUUCCUUAUUUGAUUUAAUUGAUUUCCGAACUCCGUCUUCACCUUGUGGACUGUGUUAAUUUGCCCUGUUGUAGUCUAAUUGGUCAUUUCUCUUCCCUGUGGUCCCCCGGUAGAGAGCGGUUGUUACCCGAGUGAUUUCCCCGUGCCGCCCCCCUACAGCGUGGCCACCUCUCUUCCCACCUACGAUGAGGCAGAGAAAGCCAAAGCUGCAGCCAUGGUACUCUCUGCUGUGGAGGUGAUACCAGGGGUAGGAUACACAAACAUACACACACAUACACGUGUUUGAGUAUGGGAUGUUUACCAAUGGAAACAGGAUUAUUCUGCUGGAAUGCUGUAAGAAAAACCUCAAUGCUGCUAUUGUUAACUACACAGCGUAACAACGUAUUUCAGGACCAAAACAACUUUGAUAGCUGUACUCUCCCAAGUCAUAGCUACAACAGUAUUUACUAUUUUAUGUAGGUCUAGUACAAAUGCCCAUUGGACUUUUUCUGCUUUCUCAACAACUCCAAAAGAGAAGGAAAUGUCGACAGGCAACUGUACUAUACCGCCCAACCCUGCGUCCUGUCUCCUUAUUCAUUGGGAUGACUGAGCUAUUGCGAUGUUUCUGAAGAAGAGAUGGAUGAGUUGUUUUCCUGUCCUCUUUCUCUUAAACAGGAGGAUGACUUCCCUCCAAGGGAUGACUUCAGCGACGUCGACCAGCUGAGGGUGGGGAACGAUGGCAUUUUCAUGCUGGCCUUUUUCAGUGAGUGGAUAUGUUGUUUGUGCACGAAACCCCCCCCCCCCCGUUCUUCAGUGAGUUGACAAGCCCAAAUAGCCUCUUUCACUGAGCGGACUGGCCCAUUUCAGUCUGAGCAGGGGAACAUAACAAACAAAGGUUUGCUUGGAUGAAAAUGUCAGUAAGCAGUUGAAGGUGCUUUCUGUGGAUUCACCAGAAGGUGGCAACAGUCACACUCAUUGUAGACAACAUGAUCUCUUCCUCCAAUAGGAAUGGUGGGAAAGGUCAAAGGAAGUCAGCUUAGCUGUUCUCUGGCUGCAUUCAUAUGGCCUCAGAAUGUGUCUUUAAGUAUGUAUAGAAGGACAUCCAAUUUGUAAUAUACUGAACAGUGACUCCCUCAACAGAAAUGUCAGUCAACCUUGAGAGAGGUGUCUGUUUGUCUGUCGGUCUGUGCUUGUAACUACAUGCUUUCCUCUGUCUCCAAACAGUGGCCUUCCUGUUCAAUUGGAUUGGGUUCUGCCUGUCAUUCUGCCUGACCAACACCAUCGCCGGCCGAUACGGGGCCAUCUGCGGCUUUGGCCUCUCUCUCAUCAAGUGGAUUCUCAUCGUCAGGGUAAGUGCAGUAUUGGGUUAAAGGGGCCUAAUCAAUGCAUCUAAAAUAACGUACAGAGUUGAUUUCAAUAUGGGACAUACAGUCCACAACUUUAAAAGCAGCCCAUACAAAGAGUUUCUACUUCAAACAUCAAUGUUACAAAUGGUUUACUGUAAAUUAACAAGCUGGCUAGCAUUAUCCUGCUUAAACCAGACUGAAUGCUGUGCUCGUAAUUGCGCCAGGUAGCCUAGCGGUUAAGAGCGUUGGGCCAGUAACCGAAAGGUCGCUGGUUCGAAUUCCCGAGCCGACUAGGUGAAAAAUCAGCCAAUGUUCCCUUGAGCAAGGCACUUAACCCUAAUUGCUCUUAUAAGUCGUUCUGGAUAAGAGCGUCUGCUAAAUGUUUAAAAAAAACAAAAAAAAACAUGUAAAAUGCUUCACUUGGCUAUAGCAUGUUAAUGAGUUGAAUGUUUACGAAAUGAAUUUCAAGUAUGUCCAGUAUAUCACAGCAUAUCCCAGGCAUGGCGUGUGCAGCAGGAAGCAGAUGCUUGCUAAGGCUUUUUAGCCCUAGAUGUAAGGAGGAGGAGGACAGUGUGCACUCUGUGCUCCGGGCAUCAUUCAAAGCCCUGUAGAAUUUCCACAUGAAGAAGCAACAUACUGGGGGACAUAGAGUUAUUAACCCCGGGCUUUCAUCAUUGGUCUGGUGCACACAGCUACUUCCACUAGAUGUUGUGCAAUAACUAGGCUAGUAGUUUAUUUAUUUUUGGUCCUGGAAACCAGCCCAUAGUCUCAAUUAGGACACCCAACAUUCUAGGAAUUGAGGUUUGAGGAGGCCUAAUCCUACCUCAAGCAAGUAUUUCUCCCAUCGUGAUUGUGAAAAUCAGUAUGUGUUUACAGUAAUUGAUUGUCAUUCAAAAGUAUUGUCCUGAUGGUAGGAAAUGUUGUUGAAUGUCCAUUUCCUGUAAAUUCCACUUUCCCACAGUUCUCAGACUACUUUACUGGAUACUUCAAUGGGCAGUACUGGCUCUGGUGGAUUUUCCUGGUCCUCGGUAAGUUUACAGAUCUGUAUAGCAAAUGCUGCAUUCUUCAACUAGCCAAUUGCUGAGGAAUUAAACUGUACUAAUAUAUCCACUUAGAAUGUUGUUCACCACUGCCAUCUGGUGGCUGAAAUAAUGUACUACUAAUCUCCCCACAGUAAUGUGAAUCCUGGACCUUGGAUGAAUAGUGGUGAAGUGUUUUUUACUAAUGAUUUGGAAUCCCUUCCUCAGGUCUCCUGCUUUUCUUCAGAGGAUUCGUGAACUACCUGAAAGUGCGCAACAUGUCUGAAAGCAUGGCUGCCUCGCACAGAACACGCUUCUUCUUCCUGUACUAAGAGGUAAAUUAAGACCUUAAUACACAGUCACAGCAUACUAAUAUGUAUAGUAGAUAUUAUCAUAGAGACCUUGACAUGCAUAUAAAUUAAGUUAUUGCUUAAGAAAUAAAACUAUAUAUUGUUGUUACCAAUUUGUCUUUCUCUAAAUCCGCUACCCUGUAGUCUGCGAAUUCUACAGCAGUAACGUUUUCAUAAUUUUUUCCCACUUCCUUUGCUCUAGGUGGUCGCACCAAACAUUCCUCCUUAAUGUGAAAUUCCCUGAGGAUUUGCGACCCUCUUCUCGAAUGACCAGGACAAAAAACCCACCUUGAAAAGAGGUGAGGAAGUACCGCUGCGAAAGUCUGACGUCUUUCAUUAAAAGCCAAAACAGCUGACUCAUCUCUCUUUUCAGAAAGUCCGUACAGUACAGAUUAACCCAGCUAAAUAUACCCUGUGUUUUAAUAUUUUGAUAUUUCCACUGACUUUGUUUGGCUCUUUUGAUUUCAAUUGCCUUCUUGAUCUAACCCCUGUUCUGGUCCCAUUCUGCUUAAUAUCCCAAGUCGUUGUACAUUGUAUUCACCUUAACAGGGGCUAGUAUAGUGCAGUGUAGUAGCUGGGUCUAUCUGUUGUGGACCUUUUUUGAAAAGUACACACAAGGAGAUGGAAGAAAAAGGUAUGCAGCCAAGAGGUCUUAUGCAAUUGUGUCCUUCCCUGUACUAGAUGUCUGCUUCUAUGAGGAUGAUGACUUUUAAAGCUCUAUCGGAGUAUCAAUAUUAGAAUUUGUAUUUUAUCCUUUGAGUUUAAUCCCCAUAUUUAAUUGUCUUUGGUAGAAAAAUGUUAUUUGAUGAAAUUCAUGAUUUUUAUCCUGAAAUGAUUGAACUGUAUCCCAGCUUAUGCCAAUUUAUGAUAUUUGCACUUUUCAAGAACCUCUUUCUCCAUCAGUUGUGAAUUGCUUAUUUGUCGUAGUGCGUAGACUGAUCUCUUUGUCAAUUCGUUUUGAACUGGAAUUUGUAUUUAUCCCAAAAAAGGAUAUCUGCCUUUUGCACUUUUUUUUAUUUUCAAGAAUUACAUUUUCAUUGAUUAUUGCAAUUAGCCUGAACUGUGACAUUUUAAAGUAUUGUCGCGUUUCUUUAAUGCUUGAAUGAUGCCUUUCUCAUGUCGUUUUUGUUACACAGAAGCCUCAUCAGCAAUAUCAAAAAACAUAACUUAAAUGCAUGAUUAGUCUGGCCGAGUUGGUUAAAAUAGAUAUUCAGCUAAAGCAACAUUAUUAAUAUUCUAUAUAUAUGUUUGUAAAACAAUCAAACAAUUUUUGUCAGAAAUUAUUCUUGGAACAUCUCUGGUACUCAGAGAUGAUAAUGCGUGCUUGUUAAUUCUUUAACUCGAAGUCUUGCAAAAUGCCAUUAAAGUUCAAAUUGCACCCUG